AUGGCGUUGGUAGUUCCAGUGUGUGAUGAUGUAGUCUGCGCUCAUAGGACUUGGUACUUAACCUUGUUUUGUCCACUCACAUCUUUUCUGUUUUGCGCCCCCCAGACAGUAGUCGCUCUAGAAAGCGUGCAAGUGGUGUACGAGGCUCGAACUGGGAGACUCUACCAAAAUUUUGGUAGAAUGUCUCAGUUUUUAGUAAGUGGGCCCGGCAUCGGGGUGAUGUCGGUAACAAGACGGGAUUCGCCUCGGUUUUCGAGGAAAUCCGGGGCGGGUCUUGUCAAUUCUGAAGAAGCUGCUGAGGCACUCGUGCUUUCUUCUCAUGCACCAAUGGUUGGUAUGCUAAGUCAAUCCUCUCCCUCUGUUUCUUCCCAUGCCUUCUCUGGUUCUAGUCAUGGUGAUGGUCUUCUUCCAACCUCAAAUGCCUUAUACUGGAUAUAUAUGAGUUUGCAGCCCUUUGGUCGAUCUUCUUCUCAUGCUUUUGGUGGUCGAGGCAAAUUCUCUAGUUCUAAACCUUUUGGUUGUGGUUUCCUAAGUCUAGUGAUGGUGUUGUUCCUGAGUGUCAAAUCUGCAGCAAGCAAGAUUUGUGGCAAAAAGGGCCAUGGGGCUCUAAAUUGUUUCCUUCGCUCCAACUAUGUUUAUCAAGUCUGGAUUGCAAACAGUGGGGCAAGUCAUCACAUGGUGCCUCAUAUGACAACAACGGAUUCUGCUUCACCUUGA